AUGGCCGGACGAGCGCCCGGAGGUAUUGACAGGACUGUAGAUGAAAAGCUAGUCUUUGAGACUACGGAAGAUGUUAAAGUAGUGCCAACAUUCGAUGCUAUGAAUCUGAAAGAAGACUUGCUCCGUGGCAUAUAUGCAUACAACUUUGAAAAGCCAUCCGCCAUCCAACAACGAGCAAUCUUACCAAUCAUCAAAGGACGAGAUGUCAUUGCUCAAGCUCAAUCUGGUACUGGUAAAUCAGCUACUUUUGCAAUCUCGGUCUUGCAACGCAUCACAACAGACACUCGCGAAACCCAGGCUCUCAUCCUAUCCCCCACUCGUGAAUUGGCCACUCAACAUCAAUCCGUCAUCCUCGCUCUCGGCGACUACAUGAAUGUACAAUGUCAUGCCUGUAUCGGUGGAACCUCUGUAGGUGAAGACAUUCGUAAACUCGACUAUGGCCAACAUGUCGUAUCUGGCACUCCCGGACGUGUAUUCGAUAUGAUAAAGAGACGUCAUCUACGUACCCGAAACAUUAAACUCCUAGUCCUCGAUGAAGCUGAUGAAAUGUUGUCCAUGGGGUUCAAGGAUCAGAUCUAUGAUGUAUACAGAUAUCUACCACCCAGCACUCAAGUAGUCCUCUUGUCAGCUACUCUACCCGGUGAAGUCCUUGAAAUGACUACCAAAUUCAUGUCUGAUCCAAUCCGUAUCCUGGUGAAGCGUGAUGAAUUGACUCUGGAAGGCAUCAAGCAAUUCUUUGUAUCUGUUGAAAAGGAGGAAUGGAAGUUUGAUACUUUAUGUGACUUGUAUGAUACUUUGACUAUUACUCAGGCAGUCAUCUUUUGUAAUACUCGGCGAAAGGUUGAAUGGUUGACUGAAAAGAUGAGGGAAAACAACUUUACUGUGGCCUCAAUGCACGGUGAAAUGGUACAAAAGGAACGUGAUGCCAUCAUGCAAGAAUUCCGUCAGGGAGCAAGUCGUGUACUCAUUACAACAGAUGUGUGGGCUCGUGGUAUUGACGUACAACAAGUAUCCCUAGUCAUCAACUACGAUCUUCCAAAUAAUCGUGAAUUAUACAUCCAUCGUAUUGGUCGAUCAGGUCGUUUCGGACGCAAGGGUGUUGCCAUCAACUUUGUGAAGAGUGAUGACAUCAAGAUUUUACGUGAUAUUGAACAGUUCUACUCGACUCAGAUUGAUGAAAUGCCCAUGAAUGGUAAUGAUCAAUAG